AUGUGGUUUUCCAACUUUUUGCUGAGCAACGAGGGAGUUUUACUCUCUGUGUUUUUGCUCCUUCUGAUCGUGUACCACCUCAGAAACAAGAAUCCAAAAGAUUUUCCACCGGGACCAUUCGCUUUACCUUUUAUUGGGAAUUUCCAGAUUGUGGGAAAGAAACACCCACAUAUUUAUUUCAACAAGCUGGCUGAAAUCUACGGGAAUGUGUUCAGUUUCUGCUUCGGCAGGGAUAAAAUGGUAAUCGUCUCUGGAUACAAGAUGGUAAAAGAAGCUCUGGUAACACAAGCUGACAACUUUGUGGAUCGACCAUACAGCCCCAUGGGCGACAGGUUUUAUUCGGCAAACUCAGACGGUCUGUUCAUGAGCAACGGUGGAAAAUGGAAGGCACAGAGACGCUUCGCUUUGUCUACAUUGCGAGACUUCGGCCUGGGGAAGAACCGCAUGGAGCAGUGUAUCUGUGAGGAGAUCCAAUACCUGCAGGAGGAGAUAGAGCAGGAGAAAGGUAAACUUUUUAGGCCAGCAGGCCUCUUCAACAAUGCCGUGUCUAAUAUAGCGUGCCAGCUGGUGAUGGGGAAAAGAUUUGACUACAGUGACCAUAACUUCCAGCUCAUGCUGAAGAAUCUGUCUGAGAUUCUUCACCUGGAGGGCUCCAUAUGGGGUCAGCUCUAUGAAUCAUUCCCCGGAGUGAUGAAGCGUUUGCCAGGUCCUCAUAACAAAGUGUUCAGCAAUUUUAACAAAGUCAGAGAGUUCAUCACUCAGGAGGUGAAAAGCCACAAGAAGGAUCUGGAUCACAACAAUCCCCGAGACUACAUCGACACUUUCCUCAUCAAAAUGGAGAAUCUCAAAGAAACUGACCUGGGCUUCACUGAGACCAACCUAGUUUUGUGCUCUGCUGAUCUUUUCCUGGCUGGAACAGAAACAACAGCCACCACUUUGCUGUGGGCUCUGGUUUUCUUGAUCAGACAUCCUGAUAUCCAGGAGAAAGUCCAGGCAGAGAUAGAUAACGUGAUUGGACAAACCCGCCAGCCUUCCAUGGCUGACAGACCAAAUCUGCCCUACACCGAUGCCGUCAUCCACGAGAUUCAGAGGAUGGGAAAUAUUGUUCCUCUCAAUGCACUCAGAGUUGCUGCCAAGGAUACAACCCUGGAUGGUUACCACAUACCCAAGGGUACCAGUGUGUUGCCUGUACUCACCUCUGUGCUGUUUGACAAGACUGAAUGGGAGACUCCAGACACCUUCAACCCAGGACACUUCCUGGAUGCUGAUGGGAAGUUUGUGAAGAGAGAAGCAUUCCUACCUUUCUCUGCAGGGAAGCGUGUCUGUCUUGGCGAAAGCCUCGCCAAGAUGGAGCUGUUCCUGUUUUUUGUCGGCUUGCUGCAGAAGUUCACUUUCUCUGUUCCUGAUGGAGUGGAGCUGAGCACAGAGGGAGUUUACGGAGCUACACGUGUGCCUGAACCCUUCAAGGUUCACGCCAAGACUCGCUGA